GCAACCAUCGCAGGGUUGGGAUCGGGUUGCCAUCAUCGAUGAAUUUACCGGGCUUAUCAGAUUUUGAGCGCCGAAUUCUUAAAAGGAGUGCGGAUCUGGGCGUCGCGCCGUACGAGGACACUCCACGCAAGCGCCGCGACGCGUCUCUGCCUCCCUCCGCUUCGCCAGUCGCGGAAGACUCGUCUCCCGCAACUCCGCCACCGGAGCCACCUCGGCGAGUAGGAGAUACAAACUGGUGCGACUGCGGCCGCUGCACGGCCAUGCCUACAACUCGGGAGUGUUUUUGCUGCCGUGAGCUGCCACAAGCUGUUCGGAAGCAGCCGGCUGAGUGCAUCACGGUGCACACCGACUUUUUCAAGCUGUGCCUUGACGUCGCCGUCCUCGCCGUGGCGUACUGCGAGGUCCGCGAGAAGGGUCUCGAACAUUCCCACGAGCUCCACGAGAAGUAUCGCUUUGUGGCAUACCGGCAGUUCACCCGCUGGAUGUGGGGUCGACUGGGAGCUGGCAACAGACGAGUGCUGCCUGCGUGCGUUGUGGAGAAAAUAAGAAAAACCUUCCCCUCUCAACAAUACCGUACUGGCUUCAAGUAUCCUCCUCUGGACUGCGCACCAGUGGAUUGCUGAGGUUGGUCCACUACUCGGUCCAUGUUUUGAACCAUAAAUCAAGAACUGACAUGGAAGCUGUGGUUAAUCGUAGCUAUGUAAAUAGACGGAAGUUUUGUAGAAAAAA